AUGCGGCAGUGGGCACUAGCAGAACUAGACUCGACCCCCUCUGGUCGCCCCUCUGGUAAGCGGCGGUCACGUGUCGGCGGCAGUAUGUCCCUGCAGGAAAUAUCCGCCAAUAAUUUGCAACUACUUGUCCGAUCUCUCGAUGACGAUGAUGACGCCCCACCCGUCCGCUUGUCGAGGCACAUACCUCAACGCGAGGGAAUGGACAUGGCUGUUUCAGCUUACAACCUCACAACACCGACAACCACAACAACCACAGUCACAACAGCUGGAGGAGGUGGCGCCGGCACCGCCGGGGGAAUGUCGAUUCCACAUUCCACCGCGACAUCGUACUCUAGCGCCUUUUCCGAGUCCUUCGUAUCGGACGAUUCGUCCUAUGUCACGUCCAUCUACAACGAGGUCCUCGCUGAUCAGCUAAGUAGCGAGAGCAUGCAGAGACAUCGCAAAAUUGGUGGGGAGGUGCUGCGCUUUGAUAACACAGACACCGCUGGUGGCCGUAAAGGAUCAUUAAAUGUUGGUAGAGCUGUAAGCGCUAGGAGUGGUGGUGAUGGUACUGUGCCAUCGCGUGGUGACGGUGGCGGCAAGCCGUGCGAGCCAAACAGCAGCACGAGAUCGGGGUGCGGGCUCACCUCUUCUUUGUUUACGUCCUCACCAGUUGGAAAUGGAUUACUUCUGAAGCGUCUCAAACCCAACAAGACCACAACACAGCGGGUUCUUUUUACAAAUCCAGAGCGUGUGCUUGACGCACCAGAGUUUCCAGUGGAUGCAGCACAGCUCCUUCACUGGGGUAGCAACAACAAGCUUGUUAUUGGCUUAAAAAACUCCCUUUAUGGAUGGAACUCUGAAACGGCGCAAGCUUCCAGAAUUGUCCAGCUGCAGGAUCACAUGCGCAUUCGCUCGGUACAUUGGUUACAUAGGUGUACUUGUGUUGCUGCUGCUCUUGACGAAGGGACCACUGCCAUUUAUGACUGCCGUCGGGAAGAGUUUCUGCGAACAGUUCGAGUGAGGCUCCCUUCCAAAGCUGAGUUUACGAAUCUUGCAGUAAACGGUCCGCUUCUCGCCAUUGGUACCAGCACAAAUUGUGGAGGCGUCUAUGUAUUUGACCUCCGCGCUAAGCACGCGCUAAUCUCUGUUUACGAGGGUCACACGAGUGGCAUCACUUCUCUUCACUACUGCACGGAGGAGCCGUUUUAUUUAGCCUCUGGGUCUGCAAACGGCGCCGUUCGCGUGUGGGACGCGCGGCGAAGCAGCUGCCCCCGCUACACCUUUGAUCGUGUACACCAGGGUGCCGUCAACACUAUCCUGUGGAACCCCGACAAGCGCAGCAAGAUGUUCACGGGUGGACAGGACGGCAUGCUGUGUUACGUGGACACACACGCGCCCAUGACAAAUGUUCCGUCGGCCACGCGCGGGGAGGAAGAUGCGAUCGGAAUGGGCGCGCACUACAUAACGCGUGCCAUUAACACGCUUCAUCCCAUCAGUGGCAUCGUAUCGCCGCCUGGGGUUGGCGAACUGGCGACAUCGCACCGUGGGAAGGGGCAAAUUCAGGUACGCAAUGCCUCCAAGUUCCACCUUAUCGGCACACUCAAUUCGCCAAAUUGUGACGCGGGCAUUUCCUGCAUCACACUGGCCCCAGAUAUGGAACGUAUCUGCGCCGCGCAGGACGAAACACUCAAGUUCUGGCGUGUUUUUGGACCAAAGAUGCCACAGCGAACAAAAAGUGCCACACCGCCGCCGCCGGUUUCGCUGUUAGAGGAAGAGCUACGAUAG